AUGCACGGUAGAUUAAUGAAAUGGGCUAUUAAGCUGGCUCCUUUUGCACUACGCCAUCGACCUCUCAAGGCUGUGAAAGGGCAAGUUGUGGCUGAUUUGUUGGUUGAGUUUACAAGCGAUGGAUCAUCAGAAAACAAAAUAAUGCCAUAUAUUGGCACCAGCCCUUGGAAAAUGUUUUUUUAUGGUUCCUGUUCGAAAGGAAAGUCGGGAGCGGGAGUAAUACUAGAAGGACCAGGAGGCGGCAAAAUUAUUUUGCAGCUUCAAAUGGAAGAUAUGACACAUAACUCCGCAGAAUAUGAAGCACUAAUUUUGGGUCUGGAAGCACUUAUCGCUAAGGGAGUGCAGUCUGUGUUAAUCUAUGGGGAUUCUCAACUUGUUAUCAACCAAGUAUUGAAACGGUACGCGUGUAAUUUUCCCCAUUUGCGUAGAUACCGAGAUGUAGUGCUACACUUGUUAUAUAGAAUCGGGGAAGUAGUUUUUGAGCAUGUACCAAGAACGGAAAAUCAGUUGGCUGAUAAUCUGGCUCAGAGCUCUUGUCAGCAGUUGAUUGGCAGUCUCGAUUCUGGGACUGAUUGGAGAACAGGGAUUAUGGAAUAUUUGGAAUCUCCAAAUUCUACUGCUCCGGUUCGUGUUCGCUUAAAAGCUUUGCGUUUUCAGCUAAUUAAUGGGAUUUUAUAUAAAAGAACCUUUGAAGGGGUUUUGUUGAGGUGUUGGGGACCUGAUGAAACUAUUAAAAUAAUGGAGGAGGUCCAUGGAGGAAUGUGUGGUGCACAUCGGGCAGGUUUAAAUAUGCGAUGGGCCAUUCAUCGUAUGGGAUUCUAUUGGCCGAAGAUUUUUGAUGAUUGUAUCAGAUUUGCCAAGGGAUGUCAAGAGUGCCAGAAGCAUGGUCCUUUACAUCAUUUGCCAACAGUGAAUUUGCAGAAAAUGGUUAAACCUUGGCCAUUCAAAGCUUGGGCAUUGGAUGUAAUUGGAAAGAUUCAUCCGGCCUCAUCGAAACAACAUUCUUUUAUUCUGGUGGCGACUGAUUAUUUUACCAAAUGGGUAGAAGCAGUUCCCUUGAAGAAUGCGACGCAGAAAGAAGUGAUCGAAUUUGUACUCAAUCAUAUCAUCUAUCGAUUUGGAAUUCCUCACACUCUCACAACCGAUCAAGGGUUGAUGUUUACUGGGGAAAAGUUUAUUGAGUUUUUGGCCGAAUACAAUGUCAAAUUACACCAUUCUUCACAGUAUUAUCCACAGGCAAAUGGAUUGGCCGAAGCAGCAAAUAAAAUUAUUAUUGGCAUUAUCCGGAAAAUGGUGGAGGAGAAUCCAAGGAAAUGGCAUACUCUGCUUUCUCAAGCAUUGUGGGCUCAUCGAAACAGUAGAAGUACUUCUACUGGAUUCUCUCCAUACCAAUUAACAUUCGGGCAAGAUGCAGUAUUACCUGCAGAAUUUGUCGUGCCUUCACCCAGGGUGACCAGUACAACAGCCUAUGUUGAUGAGAUGUAUUUACAAAAGAUGUGGCAACAAUUGGAAGAGUUAGAUACAGAUCGAUUGAACGCAUUGGACCAAGUAAUUAAGCAGAGUGAGAUUAGGGCAAAAUAUUACGGAAAAAUGGUGGUCCCAAAGCUCUUUGCAGAAGGCGAUCUGGUCUGGAAGACAAUUUUGCCGACCUAUAAGAAAGUAGAUCAAUUGGGAAAGUGA